CAACUACCCGCCUGAGGUUUACCAGCUCACGACAUUCGCCGUCAUGGCGGGGCUUAUCUCUCCCAAGCCACUCUCUUACCUCCAGCAGCAGCAACAACAUCAGUUCAGCGCGUAUCAGCAGCGCGCUAUGUCGGGCUAUUCCGACACCCCCUCCAUCGGCUCAUCCAACCUCGUUCAUCAUCUCCCCCACCAGCAGCUGGCAGCAGGCAUGAUACCCAAUGCCCUUGCGAUGCAGGAGGAGAGGAUCUACAUGCUCGUCAUCGAUUUGAUGGAUCCGGCGACUCGCGAGGGUGCCCUCCUCGAGCUCAGCAAGAAAAGAGAGCAAUACGAUGACCUCGCCCUCGUCUUAUGGCACUCCUUCGGUAUUAUGCCUGCGCUGCUCCAGGAGAUUGUCUCGGUGUACCCUCUACUUUCCCCUCCCAACUUAACCGCACAUGUGUCUAACCGCGUUUGCAACGCAUUGGCACUCCUCCAAUGCGUUGCCUCCCACUCCGAGACCCGUCAACUCUUUCUCAAUGCCCAUAUCCCUCUGUUCUUAUACCCAUUUCUGAACACAACCUCUAAAACACGUCCCUUCGAAUAUCUUCGUCUCACCUCCCUUGGUGUCAUUGGGGCCCUUGUCAAGCAAAAUGACAACAAUGCCGUCAUUCAUUUCCUCCUUUCUACUGAGAUUAUACCCCUUUGUCUUAGAAUCAUGGAAACUGGUUCCGAGCUUUCCAAGACCGUAGCCAUCUUCAUCGUUCAAAAAAUUCUUCUCGAUGAAACGGGGCUGACAUACAUAUGUCAUACUUACGAGCGCUUCUACGCGGUUGGCACCGUUCUUAGCAACAUGGUUAAUCAGCUUGUUGAGACUCAGGCUGUCCGUUUGCUCAAGCACGUGGUUCGCUGCUACUUACGUCUCAGCGAUAAUACGAGGGCUCGCGAGGCUUUGCGUGCUUGCCUUCCAGAACCUCUCCGCGACCAGACGUUUAGCCAACUUCUCAAGGGCGACAUGGUCACGAAGCGGUGCCUCACCACGCUGCUCACCAACCUGAACGAACAGUAAACCGGAAGAAAAAGUAAUUCACGAUUAGACCGCAUGGCGACACGCGCACAAGACACUCGCACUUCAAUUGAUGUAUCUACCAAUAUCUGGACUCCCCGAGCUGCUCCUCCGGUUUAAUAUGCUGCAUUGUAUUUCGGACUGGUACUAUAAAAUACUUUAGGCUGUUACGCAGCAUCAUUUUGUAUACAUAACCAAUGGUAAUGAGAUUAUCU